AUACAGACAAACAUACCACUUUCUUCUCACUUUAACACAAACUAAAAACUCUACUACGGUAUUGAAAUAGACCAUCAUCUUCAUCAUCAAAAUGAGUCUAACAGUUGAAGAGAACAUAAAGGCGCAGCUAGAGGUUCGCAAAAACGCUCACAUAAUGUUGGUUGAUGGAAUGUCUAAGCUAAAGACUCAAAAAGUUAUGCAGGUUCAGUCAUCGGUUUUCAAUGUAUCUGGUCUCAAAUGGAUGUUGAUUGUUUAUCCAGCUGGGAAGGACGGCACAAAGGAGUAUUUAUCUUUUUAUCUAAAGAUCAAAGAUAAAAAGUCUUUAGGUCCUAAUUGGGAAGUCAAAUGCAGUUUCAAACUCACCAUAGUUCCUCAGAAUGGAUUUAAUAGGUGCCAUUCUAUUGAAGGGAUUGAGUCUUAUAACGCAAACCAAACAAUUAUUGGGGAAGACAGCUUCAUAUCAUACGAGGAGUUGAAGAAGAAAUAUCUUGUGAACGACAAAGUGGUUUUCUGUGCCGACGUCACCGACGUCCAACCAAACUUUCCUGUGACCAAUACAAUCCCUCGAACCAUUGGGACAGCGGAACGCAUAACACUAACCGAUGUGUCCAAAAAAGACUCUAGAUUCACCUGGAAGAUCACUCAGUUUUCCUCCUUCGACGUUGGUGAUUAUCAUUUUUCCAACGAGUUCAAGCUUGGACAACGGAGAUGGAAACUAAAAAUGUACCCAAAAGGAUGCGCCACUGGGAAAGGAGAUUACUUGUCUUUGUUUUUGACUGUGAGCGAUUACAAUAGUCCAAUGGCAAAAACAUUGGCCGUCUAUAAACUACGAGUGUUGGACCAACUCAAACGCAAUCACUUUGAAACUAACUCCAAUGUUUGGUUUCACUAUGAUCCGAAUAUGAUUCGUAGCGGUUGGGGCUCGAACCAAUUUAUGCGGCUGAAUGAACUCCGCAAUGCUUCAAGGGGAUUUCUGGUGAACGAUGAGAUAUAUCUCGGUGUUGAGUUCAUACUUCUCUCCACCACUGAGAAUCUCUGAUGUGCAUUGUUUGAUUCAACGAUCGAGGACCACAAGAAUAAAUACCUCCUGAUGAACUUAUAUAUCUACCUAUUAUUAUAUAUAUUUGAAUAUCGGCAUGUGUGUUUAGAUAUAAUGCAUGGUACGAACAUGCAAUUUAUGUAAAAAUACAAUAAAACGUGAUGGAUCAUCAGAUAAAGAGUCGGAUUCGUUGGAUCUUAUGACACUUUCAGGGAAAAGAAUUCUUCGAGAAAGACCGGUUAAACCAUCAACAAAGGCUAAGGAGAUGAGUUGGCAAUCCACAGGUGUGGUGGACGUGGAAACCAAGGACAUGGAAACCGAGGUGGUCGUGGCUAAAGUUCUUCAAUCCUAAGCAUUAAAGUCAAUUGAAGCGGAAGAUUCAAUUGUAUCUGGUUCAUUCAUGUAUCUCAAACUUUUUCACUCUUUGUAACUGCUUUCUAAAAAUAAAAAAAGUUGCUUCUUAUGGAAGAGAUGUUGGA